UAUUUGUAUUUUAGCUUUAUUUUACGUCUGACGAACUAAUCGGACAGAAAGAUUAAAAAAAUUAACAAAAAUACUUAUGUUUUUGCAACAUAUUUAAAAACCAAGUACUGCAAUAAAAGUCAUUGACACGCUUUAUGAGCCAAGAAAUAUAUUAACGAAUACUACUUUAAAUGGUUGCGAUCAAAUACAUAUUUAUUACUGUCAAUAUUAUACUAUGUCUUUCAUUUGGAUUUGGUGUGCUUGCGUUUUACAAAAUCGGAAAACCAUAUGUACGGGGUUAUUAUUGUUUUGAUGAAAGUAUAAGCAAGCCAUUGAAAAAUGAUACUGUUACUGUUUCUGCUUUGCUUGCUUUCGUUUUUACUCUUUAUCCUGUGUGUAUUAUUAUAGUAGAAGGGAUUAAAAUGAGCAACAAAGUAAAAAUUAUUUCGACAAAUUUUAUAAUAAAGGUUGUUCGUCAUGUUUUACAUAAUCUCUGGAUUUUUAUUUAUGGAGCUGGAAUAACAAUGUUUAUCACUGAUGUUGGAAAAUAUUCUAUUGGUAGGCUUCGACCCCAUUACCUUACUCUGUGUAAACCAGAUUGGUCAAACAUAAAUUGUAGUUAUACUUUUGGAGGUAAAGCUUUUAUUGUUGGUGACGAUUUCUGUCGGGUACCAAACAGAGCAUUACUAAAAGAUGCAAGAAUGUCUUUCCCAUCAGGACACACAUCCUUUGCAGUUUAUUGUGCAACAUUUAUGAUUUUGUACCUUCAAUUAUAUCCGUUCUCAAUACCUCAGCGUAGAAGAUUUUCCUUUUUGUUACUAUUUAUUCAAGUAAUUUUAUCUUGUUUGGCCAUUUUGACUGGGUUGUCUCGCAUUUCAGAUUAUAAGCACCAUCCUACUGAUGUAAUUGCAGGUGGAAUUGUUGGAUUGGCUGUAGCAUUUACUAUUUUUUUUAAUGUACUCAAGUAUGUUGAUCUAUCUUCGAGUGAAAAAACGUUAUCUUUGAUCCCCAGUUACCACCGUCAGUUACCACCAGUUACCAAUGAUCGCCAAUUAAACGACAUUGUGGUUAAGUAAUAAUUUAAAAAGUAAUUUUUCAUUAAGUUGCAAAUCAUAUUUUGUAACAUAAAAUAGUUUUUUAAAGUGUCUGGCACACAAUUUUUUAUUUUUUUUAGGUUAUAACUUAAAUUUUUUACAAAGAAAACAGAAAAUUAAAUCGCA